CCUUCUGUAUGCUUUGACACAGGAACCCAGGUUGCUAGGAGAGCAUCUGUGCCCGCAGCACUUUGGUCCAGCUAGAACAGAAGAGGGGAGCUGGAGACUGGGAAAGCUGUGUUAGCUGCCACCUCCUGAGGCUCUCAGGGAGCAGGAAUAUCUGAACAUGAGCGGCAGAAACUGGAUAUUAAUUUCUACUUCCUCAUCCCAGAGCCUGGAAGAUGAGAUUCUGGGACGGCUUCUGAAAAUCCUCUUUGUUUUGUUUGUUGACUUAAUGUCCAUUAUGUACGUUGUCAUAACGUCGUAAAGACCAGACUUCCUUUCCUCCGUAUGUGAAUCUCAAGCUGAAUUUCCAGUGAAUAAAGUCCUACAUUUUAA